UGGUACCUUUGUAAAGUAAUUGCGAUUUGCCAAGACCACCUGGCAAGUAGCCUGCCUGUCCCUCGGUCGUCACCGUCCGUGUCACCUAACAAAGUGCUCGGGUUUGCGAUAGAAUCAGCCAUGUAUCAUUUGCGACGCCUGUUGUGUCCCAAUCUUGAAUGGCUUUUCCACGCAGUCCACUUCGAGACUUUCUCAUUCAUGCGAAAUCGUCUCUGAGAUCCGCGAUUGUUAAAAAGGAGCGUGUUACACUUGUGAUUGGCAACGAGUCUGCAGACUUAGACUCCUUAACAUGCUCGCUGCUUUUCUCGUACUUGCGUUCGAUUGCACCCCCAAAGCAAGCCUUCACUUCACUGUAUAUCCCAGUUACGAAUAUCCCUGCCGCAGACAUAGCCCUCCGCCCAGAAUUCGCAGCCCUCUUAACCCAUGCCAAUCUGGAGGCUGACCAUCUGAUUACCCUGGACGACCUGCCGGAACUGAGCUCCGUCGAAUAUGGCCUGGUGCCCGAGAACACAAGGUGGAUACUGGUGGACCACAAUGCAUUACAGGGCAAGCUAGGUGUUGUAUAUACUGGACAAGUCUGUGGUGUCAUCGACCACCAUGACGAGGAAAACAGGGUACCUUUUGAUACGGGAGAUGAGCCUCGCAUCAUCAAGAAAUCAGGCAGCUGCACCUCACUUGUGACUGGCUAUCUACGUGAAACUUGGGAUGUUAUCUCCUCAGAGGCAGAUAACUUGUCCGAAAAGUCCUUAUGGGACGCACAGCUGGCCAAGCUCGCGCUUGCGUCUGUGCUUAUCGACACUACCAACGCGACAGCAAAUCAGAAGACUACUGAGUAUGACGUGAAGGCGAUGAACUAUCUUGAGGCCAAAAUUAAGAGUCACGCUGAUCAAACAGUAUCUUUCAACAGAAAUCGACUUUUCGAGCAGAUCGACAACGCCAAGAAAGAUAUUGGGCGCCUCACCUUGCAUGACAUCUUGAAAAAGGACUACAAGCAAUGGGACGAAAACGGUCUUCUUUUAGGUAUCAGCUCAGUUGUCAAGCCGAUCGAGUUCAUGCAGGAGAAGGCUAAGAGAGAGACCUCUGGUACAGAGAGUAGCAGUGAAGCUUUCUUAGCGUCCGUACGCGACUUCGCACGGUACAGACAGCUCGGGCAAUUUGCUCUGAUGACUGCUUCGUCUACGUCGGCAGGGGAACUCCAGAGGGAGCUGUUACUGUGGGCGUUCACUAGGAAAGGGAUUGAAGCUGCGAGACAUUUUAUGGAGAUCAACACCCGAAAUCUUGGCCUCAAAACCUGGCAAGGCCCAGACGGCUCUAUAGAUAAGAUAGAGGUGAAUGUUUGGAGAACGGUAUGGUGGCAGCGCAGAGUGGAACAUAGUCGUAAACAAGUGGCGCCUCUACUUCGCGAAGCUAUCAGGAAUAUGUAACAGAGCUCCGAGGACAAACUAGGUCUUGCCAUUCGUCCCAAACUACAGCCUGAUCGACCUUGGUGCGGUGAAUUAAUGGAUCGAUACAUCAACGACUCAAAUGUACUACUAGUAAUACUGAAGAUGACAACACAAGCACAGCAGCAACCGCAUUAUGUCGAGGCGUUCACAGCUAAGUUGUGGCAGCAUGACAGUUGCAAGCUGCAUACUAAUUACAUACCAGGAUAUUGAGGGCUGGUGCUCUGGAUAGUUGACAUUA